AUGUUACCCAUUCAAACCGAUUCAUGUGAACGUGAGAAACAUUUCAAGCCAAGAAUAGCUAGCAAAUGCCCAGUUACACAUUUGGACGUUCUGCGUAAAAGAGCUUUGUGUGUCUCAGCGGAGGAGUCGAGCGCACGAGUUGUAACCCGAGGUUCCGUUGCUUCGCAGGACGAGACCAGCGUAAGCGAUGGGUUCCCGCGCACCAAGCCCAUCGACCUGGAGAAGCUGUUCACGCCCGCCACGGACUCGGGAGAAGUCACACCUUCCAGGAACAGGAAAAUGUACUCCUCGUCGAGCUUCUACUCUCCGCACCACCCGACGGUGGAGGACCAGGUGGAGCUGGCGCGGCGCAUCUCCAACUCGCUCUGCGACAUCAGCAACCAGCAGAGCAAGGGCCAGUCCAUGUACGUGAACCGCAUGAAGCGCUCCGUCAAGCGGACAGGGCAAGUGGGCAGGCAGGCUGGCAGGACCUUAAAAUACAACACAACAACUCCUCCUCCAAGUCUGCCAACUGGGCAGACAUCUUUACAGCAGGUUGGAGAGAGAAAGAGAAGGAAGAUGAAGACAAACAAAGAUAGAAGGAAUGAAAGAGAAAGAAAAAGAGAAAAAGGUUUUCCCCAGAGGAAGGAUGUAGACCCAGGGCCAAGCUCUGAGGCAGGGAUGACCACACGAGUUGGCUGGAUACCUUGCAUUGGGGCUCCACCCCCACCUGGAACAGUAACCUACCUGCCCAAAAAGAGAGGUUCUUUUUCCAAUGAAGGACAAGGGCAGAAAAAUGCUCCAGAUGCCCCUGAAACCCCUGGCAAUGAGAACCAUCUCUCAUUCAAAAUACCAAAUGUGGGACCUAAGGAGAUGAAAUUCAAUGAAAGUAAGCCAGCUCUAAAACUUGUGAUGGAUCCUCGUGGCCAAGUGCAAGAUAUCACAAGUCUGCGACGCCAAGGCUACAACAUUGAAGCCCAGCUAAGUCCUGAAGUUUGCUUCGACUUAGUUCGGGAUCUCAAUGCACCAAAGGGGAAAGGAGCCGAGCUGUUUGCUAAACGCCGGAAGAGAUCCGAGAAAUGGGUUGUUGAUGAAAAUACCGUAAAGACUCACUCCACUACCACAACAAGUGAAAUAAUACAGUCAUCUACAUCAUCAACUAGCAUUCUCCAGCAUCAGACCAGUAUGACUGGUCCUGGCAAGAUUCCGCCACCUGUCUCAUCCCACAUUGAUCCCAAACGAGCUGAACACGCUCAGAAACUGAAUGAAAUACAGGAGCGUUUCACUUUGCCAAGACUGCGAAUGGUUAAGACUCCUUGGGAGGCUGCACUGGAAACAGGCUCAGUCGAAACUGCUUUUGAGGAAGUUGCUCCCCUGCAGCCUCGUGGCUUUGUUGCUGCUCCUACUCCUGAGGCUAUGAACACAUUUAUGAGUUCAAUGCAACCUCAGCCACAGCCACAGCCUCCACUACCGCAGCAACCACUGGCUCAACCACCCCCAGCACAGCCUUGGGCAUCUACCACCACAGCAACAUCAACUAUGUCAUCAGCCAACAUACGCCAGUCAUUGAAUCAGCGAGUGUCCAGCCAAGAAAAAGAUUCUUUGUACAAGCCAAAAGUCCCCAGAGGAUGGUCAUUUCAACAGCAGCAGCAGCAGCCACAGACUUAUGGUUUCAAGGAGUUUAACUUAUCUUCCAUCUCAUCCGCUGCAGCAACUAACAGAAGUUCAGCAGCUUCUGUUGCAGCACCAGCUGCAACAACUAACAGCUUAGCUGAAGAAACAAAUAUUCCCCCUGCUCGAGUAGCUACUCCAACGUUCCGCCCAACAACUCCUUUCUCCGUUUACAUCCCAGGGGCUACUCCAGCUCCUUCUACUCCCCAGCCCCUGGCCCCAGAAGUCAGUAAACCUGAACCCAUCCCCCCGCCGCCCCCUGCUGCCCCUGAACCUCCUCCUCCUGCUCCCCCUGCUCCCGUGAGUGCCCUGGCUGAGAAGAAAGAGUCACAGGAAUUACAGCAGGCUUUAACUAAUAUUGCUGAAGGUAAUUCUACAACUGAAACUCAAAGUAUAGCCAUUUCUCAGUCUCAAGCUACAGUCAGCAGCUAUACAGAAUCAUCAAGUGUCACAACUGAAGUAGUAAAAGAACAGCAAAUUUCAUCUAGCUUCACUUCUGAAGUCAAGGAGGAGCAAGUUUCAUCAAGUGUCAGCUCAGAAAUAAAGGAAGCUGCUAUUCAAAAUGAACAAGUAAUCAAAGCACCAACGCCAGCUCCAGAACUUCAAUCCACAACGCAAACAUCUUUCCAAGCUUCAGCAGCCGAAAGUAUUCAACAAGUGAGGGAAGAAAAAGUCUCUUCCAUUCAAGCUCCAGUGCCAUUUUCAGCUCCGGCACCACUUCCAACUCCAGCUCCAUUUUCAGCUCCAGCACCUCUCCCAACCCCUGCACCAACUCAAUUGCCUACCUUUAAACCUUUGCCUACAACAUUUGCACCACCAAACAUUACUCCUUCAUUGCCAUCGCAACCACAACCCUACAGUCCUCAAGCAAUGCAAAGAAGUGAAGUGAGUUCACAGCAGAUGGCUGAAGCCAAAGAAAAUAUCAUAGAAUAUGCAAAGGCUCAUCAACAACAGCAAGAAAUGUAUAGUGAAUUUGAGAGUGGAGUCUCUUAUGAAACGAAACAACCUGUUAGAUCGUUAAUUCAAACAUUUGAGCAAGGCAGUCGACCACCUAUGAAGUACAAACAGAUUCAGAAAGAGCCACCUCCUGGGGUAUUUCCACCAUCUCAGUCAGGAAAUAUGUAUUAUGUUGCAAAUGCAAGAGUUGAAACAAGGCAGUUUGCUGCACCACAAUCUACUCAAAUAGUUUCAACUCAGCAAUCUGUAGAAUCAGGAAGCUCUUUUCAGAAAUUCUCUUCUUUCUCCUCAAGCCAGCAGCAGAGUGAAACUAAAGUUAUUCAGCAGACUUCCAGUCAGGCAAAUUAUCAAGUACAGCAACAGCAAACACAAAAUUUUCUAAGUCAACAAACUUCUUUACCAACCCUAGGUUCCCAGAGCCUGCCUCAAUCCCAAAGUUCAGCAUCAGUAGGGGCACAGCAGCAGCUACUAUUGCAAACUGCAGGCAAGAUGAGGAUAUUUUUUUCUGUUUUGCUAGAGAUUUUUAAUUUUGAAAACCCUACUUUGCAGCAUUAUUUUUUCAGUUCGCUACCUGCUACACCAGCUGCUUCCUACCAGCCACCUCCUCCACCGCAGCAACAAACUGAUCUUUCAUCAUCUGGUAAAAAUUUCGGUAAUUUGAAUAACUACAACACUGCUCCUCGAGGAUGGGGGCAAGUCCAGGACUAUUACCGACCCGUAAUCUUUGUAGGAGCAACACGAGUCAGUUAAGCUGUGUAAAAUUCAUACAUCCACUGACUAGUGUUUACAAGGAUCAGAAUUUUCAGAUCCACAUCUAUUCUAUAAAAGUCAGUUUUUAUAUGAUGCUUGCUGCAUAUUUAAAUCUAGUACCUGAUGCAAAUAUUCAAAGGAUAUUUUUUAAAAAAUCUUGGGAAAAGCAUCAUUCUAAUGAAAGUUCUUUGUAAUGUGGUGCUCUAUCUUACACAUUUAAGAACAAUAUUGGAAAUAAGAAGUUUGUGUAAUAACUUGUUACAACUAAAUUUGCAGAAGCAAAUUUUCCUUUAAUUUAACAGUAGUUAAUCAGAACCUCUUAGGUACAUUUUCACAGGUGAAAAUGAUUGUAAUCUAUUUGUUUCUUCUUGUACUAUCCUGCUGAAUACUUCUUGCAAAGAGAAUUAUUCACUGAAAAUUUCUCACACAUACACCUAAACAAUUCUGUGCAAAGUACUUCAUUUUCCUGUUUGUUUGCUGCCACACCCACACAAAAUUGUACAUAAUAAUACUGUUUGUGAGAAAGAUAAAGGAUGGUGAGAGCAAUAUGUAUUUAAUGUGUGCAAUUGGUUUUGAGAUUCAUAUUGUUAUCUUGUUUAAGAAAAAUGCAUUAAUUAACUCCACUUAUUGUAAAAAAGUUAUUAUUGUUAAAUUGCCACAAGAUACACUAAUGAUCAUGUAUAACCUUGUACAUUGUAUGUAUCAAGAGCCUGACAUUAAUUCCAGUGGUUUUCACUUCAAUGCUGGAAUAUAUGUUUUCCAAACAUCCA